AUGACUCUGCCGUGGAAGUCUCUCGCCCUGUUCAUCUCCCUCUCCCACUUUGUCUUUGUAUCAUGUCUUACCCUGCGUCAGCUGCGCGCCCUCGCGCGCCCCCCUGCAGUGCCUCCCGUUCUCGCCGACAAGCUGGAGCGGGACACCGCCACCAGCUCACAGUCCUACAAGCGGGCCAAGGCCAAGCUCAGUCUUGUCACCGGCUUAUGGGGACAGUUGAUCAACGUCGCCAUCAUCUACCUUGACGCGACGCCGUGGCUGUGGGACGCUGUCGAACUGCGCCUACCUCCCUUGCCAGGUCUACGGCACCUUUGUGGUGGAGGCGGCGUUCGGCUUCAACCGGCAGACACCCGGUCUCUUCCUGCGCGACUUUUUCAAGAUCCAGACCCUCAACUCCCUGCUGCUCGCCCCGUCCUGGCGCUGUUCCUCGCCAUCGUUGCCCGGACGGGGAGCAACUUUGCGCUGUACAUCUGGCUGGGCGCCGCAGGGAUCCAGGCGCUCAUCGUGACGUUGGACCCGGUGCUGUUCACGCCGCUGUUCAACUCGCUGCGGCCGCUGGCGGACGACAAGCUGCUGCCCAAGGUGCAGGCGCUGGCUGCGACGGUGGGAUUCCCGCUGCGGCGCGUGUACGUCUCCGACAACAGCAAGCGAAGCGCGCACUCCAAUGCCUACUUCUACGGGUUCCCCUGGCAGAUGCAGGUCGUGGUGCAGGACACGCUCCUACACAAGGCGAGCGCGGACGAGAUCACAGCGGCCAAUCUGUUUGUCAUCUUCCUCGCCUUCGCGGCGUUCGCUGGCCGUCCCGACCUCUACCGCUCCUUCGGCUUCCACGCAGACGAGACGCCGGUCGUUGCGGGCUUCCUGCUCUUCUACAAGGUGCUGGCUCCGGUCAAUUCGGUGCUUCAACUGCUGCACAACGCCGUCUGUCGCGGGUACGAGUUCACGGCAGACCGCUUCGCAAAGGACGCGGGGCAGGGCAGUGAGCUCGCGAGCGCGCUGAUCAAGCUCCAGGCGCAGAAUCUCGGGGCUGUCCAGAACGAUGCCCUGUAUGCGUGCUACCAUCACAGCCACCCCAGCCUACUUGAGCGCCUGUCGCGCCUCGGGAUUAAAGAGAAGCUGUAG